AGAAUAAACGAUCGAGUUUACGACUUUGCAAUAAAGUGCGCUUGCCAAACACGAAACAUUAAUUUAUUUGUUAAUUACUUGUAAGCAACUACUGGACACUAGUUCAAGGUUUAAUUUGUAUCCGAAUUUUUAUAGUUGAUUCGUGCAACGGAGUGAACGAGGUGACAUUUCAUGAUAAUCGGUUUUAUUUGUGUCAACUUGAACCCCCCUGUGCACUGGAAUGUAAUUCAAACGUGCAACAUACAAAAGUGAAGCUUUUACGGAUGAUUCUAGGAAAGAAAAACUUUACUUUAAACGGUACAUUAUGGAAAUAAAAUUUUGUGGUUAGCGUUCGCGUGUGCAGUGGAGUUUUGUAGUAGUGGUACGCUGUGCGUGCAGACGAGAGCGGCACGAUCAACCGUAUAUACUGCGUUGGUCUGGAUUGCCCCGCAGCAGGGGAGUGCAGCUGUGGUAGUGGUGUACUUGGCGCGUAUGCUGAUACGUGUGCAGAUUUAACUUCGGAUUGCCCGUCCCGCAUCACAGAGAAUUGCUGUGACUGGUGGGGGAACCCCGACUGGAGAGAAGCAAGUGGCGCCGCCGCUACGCAGUUACAGCGACAGCGUAUCCAGUGUUGCGGAUUUCCAUCGAUAUAUGUAUAAGAUAAGUGAUACUACGAUUUAAUUCUCUUUGGCAUAUCUUUUUAUACAUAUUUAUUUAUUUUUUUUCCUGUCUUCCCUUUUUCUACUUUAUAUUAUAUAAAUCAUCUUCAUUACUUUUGUGUAUAUAAGUAACUCGUUUUUAUAAAAUUUUCGGCGGUAGACAGUUCACGACCCAAUGGCGGUGGGUGGACUGUCUAUUCCCCCGGACCUUUCCUCCUGUUCAGAGGGAGAAGAGUCUGUAAUGGAUUUCUCUGACACCCCUAACAACAGUGUGGACGGUUUCUCUGAUGUGAAGAAAAAACGUAAGAGACCUCGUCACACUGCUUCGCCUAUCCCAUCCACCAAUGACGCACCAAUUCGAGUAAAGAAGUACCGGAAGAAUCAACCUGAACUUCGCUGGGUUGCAUAUAUUCGUCCCAAAAACAAACCCCUGAAAGUGGUGCAAAUUUGUAAAACUAUGCGCUUGAGAUAUACCAGCCUAAUCGAGGUAUAUAAGGUCAAAGCUGACAAAUUAAAGGUGACAUUUUCUGAUCUUGAACACGCAAAUGCGGUCGUUGAAGAUCAAAAUUUUACCAUUGAGUACCGGGUAUAUAUUCCGGCACGCGCUAUUGAGAUCGAGGGCGUGGUAACAGAACCCGAUCUUACAGGACGUUUUAAAAUCCCAAACCUUCCAGAAAUAAAAAUUCUAGAAUGCCGAAGAAUGUAUUCUAAAGACAACAUGGGCAAAUACUCCCCGAACGACUCGUUUAGAGUGACGUUCGAAGGAAAAGUGCUUCCGGAUUAUUUAGAGCUAUUCAAACUACGACUACCGGUUAGACUUUUCAUUCCGAAAGUAAUGACCUGUACUAAUUGUCUGCAGUUAGGGCACACGAAAGCCUACUGCAGUAAUAAGACUAAAUGUUGCAAGUGUGGUGAAAUAAUGGAGAAGAACCACACUUGUAGCGAACAGGAAGCAAAAUGCUCCUUAUGUGGUGGCAACCCACACAAAAUUGAAGAGUGCGCAAAGUAUAAGCUACGCUCUGACGCACUAAAAAAAUCGACCAGACAACGCAGUAAGCAGUCUUUCGCACAGAUGCUGAAGACAGCGUUACAGCAGGAGGAAAAUCGUUACUCCAGUUUGGAAAACGAUGAUUCAAAUGAUGACGAAGAGGAUUAUCAACCACUGCUAUCAACCGGAGCUGUACGAAAACGGCCAAGUGCUUCUUCUCCUAAACUCCCUAGAAAGGAGCAGAAGAAGGCGCUUAAUGAUACCCCUCGUGGUUCCACUUCCAAGCAAAAUGCUAAAGCGUCACCGCCAGGUUUCAAAGUUGACUGCGAUAAAGAGUUCCCUAAGCUCCCAGGGAAACGAGCUGUUCCCACAACUAAAUUGUCAUCGGAAUCUGAAAAACCGUCCUCUGAUGGUUGUAUUUCAUUCAAAAUGAUCGUUGAAUGGAUAUUUAUCACUUUUGGUUUAUCCGAUUCUCUUAAAAGUAUGAUUUCGGCUUGGCUUCCAACAAUUUGCAUGUUGGGUAAGCAACUAAGCACCAAAUGGCCCCUCCUCGCGUUCGUAUCCUUCGAUGUUUAAAUCAGACAACAGAAGUGACGAAUCGACAACAAGGAUCAUACAAUGGAACUGUAGGAGCUUGACCCCCAAAUUAGAUAAAUUUAAACUCCUGCUUCACGAUAGCAAAUGCGAUAUUUUCGCGCUAUCAGAAACAUGGUUAUCAACGAAUACAACACUAACCGUUCAAAACUUCAAUAUCAUCCGAUUAGACCGCGGAAACUCUUAUGGUGGAGUGCUCAUUGGUAUAAAAAAAUGCUACCCAUUCUUCCGAAUCCCUCUUCCAGCAAUUGAUGGUAUAGAAAUUGUUGCUUGCCAUAUAACAAUUGCUGGUGAGAGCCUCACUGUCGCAUCAGUCUACAUUCCACCCAGAGCCACUAUUAACCGGCUGCAGCUAACUCAAAUAACGGAGCUGCUUCCGACACCACGUCUUCUCUUAGGAGACUUCAAUUCCCACGGUGUGGCGUGGGGAGCACCUGGAGAUGAUAGCCGGCCUAUUUUUAUUGAAAGCUUGCUAGACGAGUUCGGUAUGACCCUAUUGAAUAUAUCUGGGUUAGCUACAAGAAUAGCAAGGCCUCCAAUACGAGAGAGCACUUUAGACUUGUCUAUGUGUUCCUCCUCAAUAGCUUUGGAUUGUAAAUGGGAGAUUAUUCAAGAUCCCCAUGGUAGUGACCAUUUGCCAAUAAGUAUUUCGAUUAUGAACAGGCUCCAGUCUGCUACCACAGUCGAAGUAGAGUAUGAUCUCACCCGGAAUAUUGAUUGGGAAAAAUUCGCAAACAUAAUAUCCCAGGGUCUCGAAACAACCGAUGAGCUUUCUCCAUUUGACGAAUACAACUUCCUUGCAACAUUAAUUUAGAUAGCGCGUUGCAAUCUCAGACGAGGCCCGCCCCUGAAAACAAGUUGAAAAUUCGUCCUAACAAACAAUGGUGGGACAAAGAAUGCACCGAGAUGAAAAAAUCUCUAAAAGCAGCAUUCAGGAAAGAUCAUUCCAUUCAACUUUUUGAUCAGUUUAGAGAGCUGGAACUGAAACAGACUAAACUGCACAAGCUGAAAAAAAGAUCGUACUGGCAAAAUUUCAUAAGCACGUUACCCAGAGAUGCUUCUAUGAGCUAUCUCUGGAAUACGACUCGGAAAAUGCGCAAUAGGUCCGACAACAAUGAGGCUAAUGAAUACUCUGAACGUUGGAUCUAUGAUUUCGCGAGAAAGGUAUGCCCAGACGCUGUCCCAUCACAGCAGGAAUUCAGCGACACAACGGCCAUUGAAGAACCAGAGUUUUCAAUGCUGGAAUUUUCAAUCGCACUCGCUUUUUGCAAGAACAAGGCUCCAGGACCGGACAGGAUCAAAUUUAAUUUGAUGAAAAACCUACCGGAUUCGGCUAAGAUACGAUUUCUUGUACUGUUUAAUAAGCUUAUCAGGAACAAUAUGAUCCCGGAAGCUUGGAGACAGGUUAAGAUUUUCGCAAUCAAAAAGCCAGAUAAACCUGCCACAGAUCAUCGCUCGUACAGGCCGAUUGCAAUGCUCUCAUGCAUACGCAAAUUGCUUGAAAAAAUGAUCCUGCGUAGACUAGACAACUGGGCAGAAACAACUAACCAGCUAUCAGAGACCCAAUUCGGCUUCCGUAGGGGCAAGGGCCCUAACGUUUACCUAGCAUUGCUAGCCACAGAAGCGGAAAUGGCUCUUGGUAGCAAACAACAAAUGACCUCAGUUUUCCUGGAUAUCACAGGUGCAUUUGAUUCAGUUUCAAUCGAAAUUCUUUCCGAGAAACUGCAUCAAAGAGGAUUCUCCCCUAUAUUGACGAACUUCUUGAUCAACCUGCUGUCUGAAAAGCAUUUACUUUUCAACCACGGUUCUUCAACAAUAACACGAACAAGCUACAUGGGUCUCCCCCAAGGCUCUUGUCUGAGUCCACUGUUGUACAACUUCUACAUCAGUGACAUCGACACAUGCUUGGCGGACGGCUGCGCCAUGCGCCAGUUAGCUGACGACUGCGUAGUAUCAGUCACGGCGUCUCUGGCUGUAGACAUGAAAAACAGCGUGCAAAAUACGCUGGACAAUCUGAGCGGUUGGGCCAGUUGCCUUGGAAUUGAGUUCUCGCUUGAAAAAACGGAGAUGGUAGUCUUUUCAAAAAAGCGACCACCACCCCGUUUAGAGCUAAUUUUGUCCGGAAGACCCAUCACUCAGUCACCUAGCUUCAAGUAUCUAGGAAUAUGGUGUGACUCUAAGUGCACAUGGGAAAAACAUGUGAAUUACGUGUAGCAACGAUGCCAACCGAGAAUUAAUUUUCUUAGGAUGGUAACAGGAUCCACAUGGGGAGCUCAUCCAGAGGAUUUGAUACGACUCUACCAAACUACGAUUCUGCUCGUAAUAGAAUACGGCAGCAUAUGUUUCAGAGGUAUCGCAGCCUCACACAUGCUGAAGCUAGAGAGGAUACAAUACCGAUGUUUGCGUAUCGCUCUAGGCUGCAUGCAAUCGACGCAUACCAUGACUCUAGAGGUCAUAGCUGGAGUGCUACCAAUUAAAGAGAGACUUUUUGAGCUGGCCCUACGUUUCCUCAUCAGAUCGGAAAUAGCAAAUCCAAUGCUAAUUGCGAACUAUGAGAAAUGUCUGGAAGUUGUUCAGAAACCCUGUAUGUCAGUAUACCAGCGGUUCAUGUCUAUGGAGAUAAAUCCUUCGGUUGUUGCUCCAUACCGUGAGAUUUCAACAUCGCUCAAAAAUCCUUCUGUUGUAUUUGAUUUGACGAUGAAACAAGAAAUCCAUGGAAUUCCUGAACACCUUAAACCAACAGUUGUGCCAUUAAUAUUUUCGGCAAAAUUCGGCCACCUCCCAGAACAGAAUUCCUUUUUCACGGACGGAUCUGUAAUGGAUGGACAUUCCGGAUAUGGCAUUUUCAACAUGGAUCAUCGCAUAUCCCGCAAACUGGCACAACCUUGCUCCAUAUACGUAGCGGAACUAGCUGCCAUACACAAUUCGCUGCGAAUUAUCGAGCUCAAGACACCAGGCAAUUAUUUCAUCUUUUCGGACAGCCUCAGUUCUAUCGAAGCUCUCCGAUCGAUUAAACCGGUCAAGCACCCGUCCUAUUUCCUUCCGGAAAUUAGACGGAUAUUAGAAGUGCUGGUCGAUCGGUCUUUCAUUAUCUGCUUUGUGUGGGUCCCCUCUCAUUGCUUAAUCCCAGGCAAUGAAGAAGCUGAUUUAUUAGCAAAAAGGGGUGCCAUAUAAGGAGAUAUAUUUGAUAGACCGAUCACCUAUGCCGAGUAUUUCUAUCUGCCCCGACAACUGGCUCUGGCAAACUGGCAAUAAAAAUGGGAUUCUGGCGAUUUGGGGCGAUGGAUGCACUCCAUCUCGCCCAAAGUGUCUACGAAAUCAUGGUUUAAAGGCCUCGAUUUAACUCGGGAUUUUAUACGAGUUAUUUCACGCCUAAUGUCAAACCAUUACAUUGCAAAUGCCCACCUCUAUCGAAUAGGAAUAGUCGAUAGCAACCUUUGCGAAUGUGGAGGGUACGAAGAUAUAGAACACGUAGUCUUCGUAUGCCCUAAAUACCACAGAGCAAGGAAAAAACUUUUCGAUUCCCUCCGGGAACGGAAAGCAUCAUCUGCAAUGCAAGUUCGGGAUGCACUUGCCAGCAAUGAUAUUAGUUUUCUCACUCAUGUUUACCAAUUCAUUAAAGACAUAAAUUAUCGUAUCUAAAUCCUCUUUCUUUCUCUGUUUCUCUUUGUCCCUCUUCCUAUAUGUAGAUCUUUGAGGAUAAUAAACUAAACCUUUGUUUUCUCUCUCUAUUUUUCAUCAUAGGUUAUGAUUCCUAAGAGACAAGGACUCAUCAUCCACAAUUUUAUUACAUAAUCAUAUAGAUAGAUCGUUUAUCAUAUAGAUAGAUAUAAAUAGAUGUGCAUAAUAGUUUUAAGUUGAAACAAUUUUGUAUUUUUAAAUUGUAUUUUAAAGAGAAAAGAUGAGAGGGUUUUUAUGCCUGUUUGAGGAGGAGCAGUCGGAAUACAUGCUCUACUCAAGCUGGCUUUUCCCUACUCCAAGAAGACAUUCGUCCCCAUUAUGCUACGCGAUUGGGCCUAAAUAAAUAUUAG